AUCAAUUUGGUUUUGAAAAGAUCUUGUCCCUGAAAAAAUACUAUGAUGAGUCAAAUUGUAUUUUUUUUUUUCAUCUUGUAACCAAUUUUUCCAGAAGAAAAUUGACCCAAUAUUAUUUAUUAAUGGAUAUAAAAAUGCUGUGCUGGCAGUGCAGCUUCUGCUUGGGAGGAUUGAGUGAGUCGGAAUCCAGUAUCGAGAACCUCCGUAUUCCAUUAAUCGCAUUUCUCAGUGACAGUAUGUAUUUCUGAAAUGGGACUAAGCUGAAAGGAGAUACCAAGUCACCAUUUGUUCGAUUUAUCAAUGAAGUGCCGAUCGGUGGCUUGCAUUUGGUCUGGCACCCCCUUCCCCCACCGUGUCACCGCCGUCGCCGCCUUCUCCUCCCCGCCCUCCCUCUUCACCUCCGGAUCCGAUGGCUCCAUCAUCUGGUGGUCCAUUUCCCCCCAAGUUAAAGCAGUGGCCCUCUUGUGCGGUCACGCAGCUUCCAUCACUGAUCUCAGCACUUGCAGCCCUCUUCCCGUCGAAGAAGAAGCCGCUGCCGCCGAUCAUGGUGAUGCUGGUGGUGGUGAACGUGGUUCGAGUGAUUUAGCGGUGAAUUGUAGUUCAAGUAGUAAUUUUAGUAGCGCCUUGGUAAGCGCUUGUUCUGAUGGGUUCUUGUGUGUUUGGAGUAAAAGCAGUGGACAUUGCCGUUGCCGGAGGAAACUGCCACCUUGGGUCGGAACACCGCGCAUCAUUCGGCCGUUGCCCUCGAGGUCGAGAUAUGUGUGCAUUGCUUGUUCCUACAUGGAACAAUCUGUGGAGGGAAAUGAAGAGACUCACCCCAGGAAGCCUUCUAAAUGUACCAUUGUUGUUGUAGACACGUACUCGCUUUCCAUUACUCAGACUUUGUUUCAUGGGAAUUUAUCUAUCGGCCCAGUUAGGUUUAUGGCUUUAGUGUUAGGUGAUAGUGAUGAAAAGGGGUAUUCUGUACUUGUGGCUGAUUCUGCUGGCAAAAGGCAAAUGGUUUCGAUAUCAGAUGACCCCCUUGAACGUGGGGAACCACACAAGGAAACAUCUCAGUUGGAGAGUUCUUUUUACUCUGACGGAUUGAGUGGUGUGGAUCGUGUUGUUUCAGUUUUAACUUACAGGGGUAUUGUUGCUUAUGUGCUGGAAAGUCGCUGUGAAUUCAAGUUAUUGUCAAAUGAUACUACCAUUGGAGAGGUUUCCUUUGACAGCAAUCUGAUCUGUUUAGACGGGCAUUUGAAUCAAACACAUAUUGUGGGUGGCCUUUUUCUUGAAAGUGAUGAUGCAGGGAAUUCAGUCAAUUUUGUUGAAAGCAGCAACUUGAUAUCAGUAACUUUUGUUGUUUGGAAUAAUAUAGGGUCUGCAGUUAUCUAUAAGAUAAUGAAUCAGAAUGAUGUUUUUCAAUGUGAACCUCAUUCUGAGAUUCCUGCUACUCCUUGUCAACCUGAUAUGAGAUUAUCUGUUAUUUUCCUACAAAUAAAUCAUUAUCUUGUCUGCAUCAAGUCAAUUUGCUUUCAUUUUGAGGAACCAUUGCUAUGGAGACCACAUGUCACAGUCUGGUCGCUGCAUAGUUUUGAUGAUAAGCCUGGUAAAUUAUACCGUCAAUGCAGGAUGAUCAGUGAUGGUGAAUCUUUCGUGCACUGUUUUGGGAAGUCUACUCAGCUUGAAGGACAGGAUAGUCUAGAGACUAAAUCUUUUGAUCAAAAUCAAAGUUCAGAAGAUAUAAACACCAUUCAUGUUGAUAACAUUAGUGAUUAUUGGUCUAACAAGGGAAAGAUGGUCUCUUCUUCCAUGAUUAUCUCUGAGAACCUCUUCACUCCUUAUGCUGUUGUAUAUGGUUUUGUAAGCGGAGAAAUAGAGCUUCUAAGAUUUGAUCUGUUUCAAGGCAUUUGCUUUAAUGAUGCAAGUUCCAAUCCUGAUGAAAAGUCUAUCACAUGCAAGCCGCACUUUUCAGGACAUACAGGCGCUGUACUUUGUUUGGCAGCACACCAAAUGAUGGGUAAUGCCAAUGGCCAAAAUCUAAAACGGGUUUUGGUGUCUGGAAGUGCGGAUUGUACAAUUCGUAUAUGGGAUCUUGACACUAGCCGUCUUAUUAUGGUAAUGCAUCAUCACGUGGCUCCAUUACGUCAAAUUAUUCUUCCCCCAUCUUUGACCGGACAUCCUUGGAGUGACUGCUUCCUCUCAGUUGGAGAGGAUGCAUGUGUAGCUCUUGUUUCUAUAGAGACUCUGCGGGUGGAGAGAAUGUUUCCUGGACAUGUGAACUAUCCAUCAAAAGUUGUAUGGGAUGGAUCAAGAGGUUAUAUUGCCUGUCUCUGUCAAACACAUUGUGGAACUUCUGAUGCUACUGAUGUGUUGUACAUUUGGGAUGUAAAGACAGGUUCCCGCGAGCGAGUCCUGCGUGGGACAGCUGCGCAUUCAAUGUUUAGUCACUUUUGUAAAAACAUUAGCAUGAAUUCCAUAUCUGGCAAAUUGCUGAAUGGAAAUACAUCAGUUUCUUCUUUACUUCUUCCGGUAAUUGAUGAUGCAAGGCUCUCUAAUUCCCCUGUCAACCUGUCAGAGAACUCACUCACUUCUUCAAAGUCAUCACCAAAUAUUUCAAACAUGACUGAGUUGAAUUAUUCCAGAAGAAAUGGAGGUAAAGGAAAUUCACCAAGGCCAACUUCAUCUUCUCUGUUUAAUCUCUGGGGUAACAAGCUUCCUGUCAAAUGCGCAUGCCCUUUUCCUGGCGUUGUGUCUCUGAGUUUUGAUCUUGCCUCACUGAUGCUCUCUUAUUGGGGGAAUGAAUUCAUGGAAAAUGGUAAUUACAAUUUGAAGAAGCAAGAAGUUCAGGAUCAAAAUUCUGGCGACCAGUAUGAAGAAUACUUGCUUCGAUAUAGCCUGUCUAUUUUACAUUUGUGGAGUGUAGACAGUGACCUUGAUAACUUGCUGAUAAGUGACAUGAAGCUGAGGAAACCAGAGAAUUUUAUAGUAGGUUCAGGUCUACAGGGGGAUAAAGGAUCAUUGACAUUGACCUUUCCUGGUCUGAGUGCUACUCUAGAGCUCUGGAAAUCGUCAUCUGAGUUUUGUGCAAUGAGAUCAUUGACAAUGGUAUCCCUUGCCCAACGUCUGGUUAGCUUAUCUCACUCUGGCUCAGCAGCAAGCAGUGCUUUAGCAGCAUUCUAUACCCGCAAUUUCAUGGAAAAGUUUUCAGAUAUGAAGCCACCUUCAUUACAGCUUCUGGUGGCCUUUUGGCAAGAUGAGAGUGAACAUGUGCGCUUAGCAGCACGCUCUAUAUUUCAUUGUGCUGCCUCUCAUGCUAUUCCACUACCUCUAUGCAAUACAAAACCACCUGAGUCAACUAAGACAAGCUCCCAAUCUGGAAGUAGAGGCAAAAGCAUAUCUCCUAGGUCAGAAAAACAAGGAAUUUCCCAUGAUGAAGAAUCCAAUAUAGUUGCUUGGUUGGAAUCAUUUGAAGUGCAAGAUUGGAUUUCUUGUGUUGGGGGAACAAGUCAAGAUGCUAUGACAUCUCACAUAAUUGUUGCUGCUGCAUUGGCUAUCUGGUAUCCUAGUCUUGUAAAGCCAAGUCUUGCCUCCUUAGUUGUUCAUCCAUUGAUGAAGUUGGCUAUGGCCAUGAAUGAGAAAUUUAGCUCCACUGCGGCUGAGCUACUUGCAGAGGGCAUGGAGAGUACAUGGAAAGGAUGUAUGGCCUCUGAGAUACCUCAUCUGAUUGUGGAUAUUUUUUUCCAAGUAGAGUUGAGUGGUCCAACUGCCAAAGAAAUUCCAGCUUCAUCAUUUGCUAUUAAAAAGACUUUGGUUGAAGUUCUUCUUCCAAGUUUAGCUAUGGUUGAUAUACCAGGUUUUUUGUCUGUAAUAGAGAGACAGAUUUGGUCUACUGCAUCUGAUUCGUCUGUCCACUUGGUGUCCCUCUUGACUCUUAUAAGGAUUAUGCGUGGUUCUCCAAGAAACUUGGCUCAAUACCUUGACAAGGUGGUAAACUUCAUUUUACAUACUGUAGAUCCUAGCAACUCAGUUAUGCGGAAAGCAUGUUACCAGACUUCAAUGACAACUUUAAAGGAGGUUGUACGUGUGUAUCCUAUGGUUGCUGUCAAUGAUUCAUGGACCAAACUUGCAGUUGGGGAUGUGAUUGGUGAAAUUAGCAGCUCAAGCAUUAGGGUCUAUGAUAUGCAAAGUGUGACAAUGAUAAAGGUUUUGGAUGCAAGUGGGCCUCCUGGACUUCCAAGUUUGCUCACACCAGCAUCAGGAACAAUGUUAACUGCUGCAAUUUCAGCUCUUAGCUUUUCUCCUGAUGGAGAGGGGCUAGUUGCUUUCUCUGAACAUGGGCUAAUGAUUAGAUGGUGGUCACUAGGAUCUGUCUGGUGGGAGAAACUGAGCCGGAACUUUAUUCCUGUCCAGUGCACCAAACUUAUAUUUGUUCCGCCGUGGGAGGGAUUCUCACCUAAUUCAUCCAGGUCAAGCAUAAUCGCCAACAUUUUGGAAAAUGACAGGAAGCUGAGUGUUCUGGACAAUGCUAGGGAUUCAAAUCACGGGGACAGUAUGAAACAAUUGCUUCAUAAUCUGGACCUUACUUAUAGGCUAGAAUGGGUAGGUGAUAGGAAAAUACUCCUUACAAGACAUGGCCAGGAAUUGGGCACUUUUCAGUUAUAAGCAGCAAGUAGCGAUGAUUCUCCAAAAUUCUUGGUCGAAAUUCUCCGUGAAAUGUCCAGCUGAUUGCAAUAGCGUCGGAAGAUAUUCUUAUUUCCUCGUGUUGAGUACAUUCAUCGGAGCGCUUACAACUUGAAACUCGAAAACCGGCACAGCAGAUGGGUCCAAAGAGCACUACAGUUAGGGACCAAAUAAUCGCGUGUGUGGUUAUGGAUUUCAAAAUGAAUAACCACUAUGACUAUUUGGUCGCUAAGCCAAAGUAAAUGGUUCUACGAGCCCCAAAAGAUUAGGAAAUAGAAAAGGGGUAUUGAUAUUUUGUUACGGAAAUUACACUGAUGUCUCCACAAUUUUGCGGAAGUGUUUUUAUUCUUAGAAUCUUUGUACAGGACACCGGCUUAUACAAAAUACAAAAUACCAGUGACAUUGAGUCCUC